AAAUUGAAUUAUACGAAGGAGCAAAAGUCAAUGUCUGCAUAUUCUACUACAAAAAAAUAUAACUAAUGUGUUAUAUGCAAGAAAUUUUAACUGUAAUUGUUCAACAGCAGUUCUAAGUUAAAAUACAACUUGACUAGUGACUGCGUUAUUUUAUCUUGAGAGAAAUAGAUAGGAUAUUAGAAUAUUUGAUUUGUGAAUACUUUUGUAACUUGGUUGCUUAAAAUAAAGAUAAAAAAAAAAAUAAAAUAUUAUGUAAUUUAAAAUUAUUAUCAAAUUGUUAAAAAUCAAUGAAACUGAAGCACUUAUUCAUUACGACUAAAAUAUUAAAAUAUAUAAACAACAACGAAUAUGCCCAAUGUCAAUUAUUCAGAUACAUAUGGACUAGUUGACAUUGAACAAAGACUGGAGCGCUGUUGUUUUUUCAUUCGUUCUCCUAUAAAAGCCUGGGGGCAACUGAUUUCAAGCUCAAAUUAUAUUUCCUACACUCGCUGUCACAAUGGAAUCUUUUUACGCAAAAUCCGUCGUAUUAUUUUUAGUACUUACAAGAACGAGCUGUGUUCCAGGAAGAUUAGGUACUAUCGAUCGAUUUCUUCCAGAUUUCACCGAGACCGAUGAUCAGUCGUAUACGACUACUCCGACCGAGUCGGACGAUUAUAUUUUGGACUACCAUGCAGAUUAUAUUACUAAUGCGACUCCGAACGACAUAACUUUGAAAAACUUAGUGGCUCAUAUCGAACGGCUCGCUAGACAGAUUGGUACUACGAAAGGACAUUACCUAUACACGGACAGGGCAGGCCGUUCUGUUACUAUCGUUUAUGUUGCUGGUCCUUCGUCAUCGCUUGCGGCGUACAUUGAUGCCGAAUGAAAAUUUGGUGUGCAUUAUCAUUGUGUUUUAUUUCGUUUGUAACAUAGAAUAUGUUUUGGGUUUCGGAACAUUACCUGUCAAAGUUGACGUCAAAAACUGUUUCAAAAAUGCUCAAUUGGAAACCGUUUAUUAUGAAUGGUAAUUAAAUUUGACUUAAUGGCCAUUUUUAUCAAAGAACAUAUUCUAUGCACGAUAAAUAUCAUAUUAUGUAGUCGGAACGACAGAAAUAAUUAGAUUUUGUUAUAUG